UGCACUGCACGGCCUGCCCGCCUGCCUGCCUGCCUAUUUUUUGUUUGUUUACUUGGAUUUUGAUUGCUUACCCGAAGUUAGGCUAUCACCACGAAUUCCUUCACGAACACACAUUCAAGGAGAGAGAAAGAGAGAGAGAUGGGAACUGGGAACUGAGGCUAUAUAUAUAUAUAUAUAUAGCUUAAGCUGCAGCGAGUGAGUGAUAGAGAGAAAUUGGGAACAGGGAAUAGGGAUAUAUAAAUGGAGGGGUACUCUGAAAGCCAAGAGGGCAAAUUGAGCAAGAUCCUGAUAAUUGGGGCGACGGGCUAUCUUGGCAAGUUCAUGGUGAAGGCCAGCGUUUCCAUGGGGCAUCCCACCUUUGCCUAUGUUCGUCCCCUCCUCACCCCUCCCAAACUCCACUUCUUCCACUCUAUGGGCGUCACCCUCUUCCAAGGUGAACUCGACGAGCACGACAAGCUGGUGUCUGUCCUUCAACAAGUCGACAUUGUCAUCUCUACACUCGCAGUGCCCCAGUUUCUUGAGCAGCUCAAGAUUAUCAGAGCCAUGAAAGAAGCCGACAAUAUCAAGAGAUUUGUCCCAUCAGAAUUCGGGAACGAAGUGGACAGGGUGAGUGGGUUGCCGCCCUUCCACGCUAUUCUCGAUAACAAGAAGAAGAUCAGAAGGGCCACGGAAGAGGCACGCAUACCCUACACCUACGUGUCCGCCAACUCACUUGGCGCCUAUUUCAUCGAUUACUUGUUGCAUCCCCGCCAAUCCCCUCCGUCUGAUGAGGUUGUCAUUUACGGCAGCGGCGAGGCCACCGUGCUGAAUUACGAGGAAGAUGUAGCAGCCUACACCGUCAUGGCGGUCACCGAUCCACGAGCAUCCAACCGACUCAUCAUCGUAAGGCCGCCAGCCAACAUCGCGUCGCAGUUGGAUCUGGUUUCUUCUUGGGAGAAAAAGACUGGGCGCACCCUCAAGAGGACACACGUAGCCGAGCAAGACAUGAUCGAGCUCUCCCAAAGCUUGCCAUUCCCAGACAACGUCCCCGUCGCCAUCCUCCACAACAUAUUCAUCGAAGGAGCUCAGAUGAUUGAGUUGACAGAGCAUGACUUAGAGGCCUCUGCCUUCUAUCCCCACCACAAAUACACCUCAGUCGACCAACACCUUGACAGUUGCCUGCUUAAUCCUCCCACCCCCAAGUUGGCUACAUUCUCAUGAUCAUCAUCUACACGUAUAUCUCUCUUCUUUACUAUGUAUGCAUGCUUAAUUCGCCCACCACCACCACCACCAAUAAUUAAUUAAGCAAAUCAUUCUAUUUC